AUGUACCACCUCUUCAAGUCCAUCUACUUACAUGCAACGAGUAAAGAAGAAUACUCAAUCCUCCUCCUCGGCCUAGACAACGCUGGCAAAACCACACUCCUCGAACAAAUCAAAGCAGCCUACUCUGCAUCGAACCCCAACCUCAGAACCGUGCCAACCGUCGGCCAAAACGUCACCACCGUCUCCCUCCCACCGCCGAACCCGCCCAUCUACCUCAAGAUCUGGGAUGUCGGCGGUCAGCACAGCUUACGGGGCCUCUGGCAGUCAUACUACACAUCGUGCCACGCGAUCGUCUUCGUGAUUGACAGCAGCGACGUCGGCAACGCGACGCUCGCAGAACUCUCUUCCGCCGCGAACAAUGCAGGUGGUGGUGGUGGCGGCGCUAAUGGCAUCGACGACGCACCGAACCACAAUCCGGACAUUGACAACGGACGUCUAGAAGAGUGCAGGCUUGUGCUGGAAUCCGUGCUGCAGAACGAGGAUUGCGCGGGCGUGCCUAUCCUUGUGCUGGCCAACAAGCAGGACCGCGAGGACUGCGUCGAGGUGGUGCGGAUCAAGGAAGGCUUUGUGCGUAAGGUGUUUGAGGGGGAGAAGGGGGAGAGUGUGCGGGAUAGCAGGGUUCUGCCGUGCAGUGCGUUGACGGGGACUGGGGUUAGAGAGGCGGUGGAGUGGUUGUGUUCGAGGGUGCAGUGGAAUAAAGAGGGGAGACCACCGGUUAUGCGGUAA